CAGUCUCUGCUCACUACAGGAAAGGGCGACGUUUUAAUUAUCAAUUGCCCAGGCUUUGGCCAGCACAGGGUGGACCCUGCUGCCUUUCAAGCAGUGUUUCACAGAAAGGCUAUCGGUCCAGUCACCAACUACAGUGUCCCCACUCAUGUCAACAUCUCCUUCACCCUGUCUGCCAUCUGGAAGUGGUAAGUCCUCACCCAGCAUUGCAGUGGUCUAGAUUCACACCUUCAACUGGUGACAUCGUUCCUGUGGCUAAAUAUGGUAUGACAAACUCACCACCAUGCCCGGCCUUGGCACAAUCAAUUUGUGCAGUGGAACCCAGAUGAAUGCAGAGGCAUCAAGAAGUCCGGCAUGGCAACUGAGAACCUGUGGCUUUCAGAUGUCUUCAUCGAGCAGUCCAUCAGUGUGGAUCAGACACCUGCAGGUCUCAUGGCUGUCAAUAGUGAAGGUCACAUCAAAUACAACAAGCCAAUGUGGGUGGUCAGCAUCUGUAAGCUGGACACCUUCUAUUUCCCCUUCCAUGAACAGAGCUGAACGCUCUCCUUCAGCUCUUUCACCUACACAGUGGAGAACACGAGCCUGGCCAUGGAGAAGGACGUCCAGGAGCUUUCAAAUACAUCACAGAACCUCAUUCAGAAGAAGGAGGGAGUGGUACUGCUGGGUAUCCAACAAAGAGCAAUAAAGGUGACCAUGGUCACUAACCAGUAUGAACAAGCCAUCUUCUAUGUGGCCAUCAGGCGCAGGCACAGGUGCAGGCCCAGCCCCUACGUGGUAAACUUUCUGGUGCCCAGUGGCAUUCUGGUUGCCAUCGAUGCCCUCAGUUUCUACCUGCCACUGGAAAGUGGGAAUUGUGCCCCAUUCAAGAUGACUGUUCUGCUGGGCUACAGCGUCUUCCUGCUCAUGAUGAAUGACUUGCUCCCAGCCACUAGCACUUCAUCACACGCUUCACUAGUACGUGUCUACUUCGCCCUGUGCCUGUCCCUGAUGGUGGUCAGCCUGCUGGAGACCAUCUUCAUCACCCACCUGCUGCACGUGGCCACCACCCAGCCCCCACCCAUGCCUUGGUGGCUCCACUCCCUGCUGCUGCACUGCACCAGCCCAGGGAGAUGCUGUCCCACUGCGCCCCAAAAGGGAAAUAAGGGCCUGGGUCUCACCCCCACCCACCUGCCUGGUGUGAAGGAGCCAGAGGUAUCAGCAGGGCAGAUGCCAGGCCCUGGGGAGGCAGAGCUGACAGGGGGCUCAGAAUGGACAAGGGCCCAGCAGGAACACGGGGCCCAGAAGCAGCACUUGAUGGAGCUGUGGGUGCAGUUCAGCCACAUGAUGGACGCCCUGCUCUUCCGCCUCUACCUGCUCUUUAUGGCCUCCUCCAUCCUCACCAUCAGAUGCCUCUGGAACACCUAG